UGACUGCUAUCUGGUUUUUUCUGUAUUCUCUGCUUUUCCAGUUAUUCGUCUGGUCUGAUCGUCUGUAGUUUGCCCCACCAGACUUGCCAGUUUACCAUCAAUAAUUAUAAUUACAACUACAGUUAUAAAUAAAUAAUUUAAAUUCUCAUAAUAAUAAUUGUUUCAUUAUUUUUAGACACCGGACACUUUUUAAAUUUAUUAAAUUAAUAAAACAAUUGUCAAUAAUGGCUAAACAACGUGUUUGUAUUAUUGGAUCUGGUAAUUGGGGAUCGGCAAUUGCCAAGAUUAUUGGAGCGAAUGCCCAAAGGUUGGAAAAUUUUGAAGAUCGCGUGACGAUGUAUGUUUAUGAAGAGAUGAUUGACGGUCGGAAAUUAACGGAGAUAAUAAAUGAAGAGCAUGAGAAUGUCAAAUAUCUACCGGGUCAUAAGAUACCAGAGAAUGUGGUUGCUGUACCAGAUGUUGUCGAAGCAGCAGCAGAUGCGGACAUUCUUGUAUUUGUAGUUCCUCACCAGUUCAUACGAAGAAUAUGCAGCACUUUGCUUGGAAAAAUAAAGCCAACCGCUUGUGGAUUAUCGCUUAUCAAAGGCUUUGACCAAAAGGAAGGUGGUGGAAUAGAUUUAAUCUCACAGAUAAUCGCCACUGAAUUAAACAUUCCUAUGGCUGUGUUGAUGGGCGCUAAUUUAGCAUCCGAAGUCGCUGAUGAAAUGUUUUGUGAAACUACUAUUGGUUGUAAGGAUAAUGCAAUGGGCGUUAUUUUACGUGACAUGAUUCAGACCCCGUUUUUCCGCGUUGUUGUUGUUGAUGACGUUAAUUCUGUCGAGUGUUGCGGUGCACUUAAGAAUAUUGUUGCGUGUGGAGCUGGCUUUGUUGAUGGUUUAGGUCUAGGAGAUAAUACGAAAGCUGCUGUUAUACGUUUAGGAUUAAUGGAAAUGAUUAAAUUUGUGGAUGUUUUUUAUCCUGGCGGUAAAUUAAGUACGUUCUUUGAGAGUUGCGGAGUAGCUGAUUUAAUUACAACCUGCUACGGUGGACGUAAUCGUAAAGUUUCCGAGGCUUUUGUUAAGAUUGGCAAGUCGAUUGCUGAAUUGGAGCAAGAAAUGUUGAAUGGACAAAAACUUCAAGGACCAAUUACUGCUGAAGAAGUAAACUACAUGCUGAAAGCCAAAGACAUGGAAGUCAGGUUUCCAUUAUUCACUGCGAUCCACCGAAUUUGUGUCGGUGAAUUGCAGGCUACUGAUCUCAUCGACUGUAUUCGCAGCCAUCCAGAACACAUGAGUCAUGGAGUAUCGUAACACUUUCUUUCAAUUGGUUGUGGACGCUUGAGGAUUUCUUACUCUUUUUUUCUUCAAUCGGACCUUUUAUUUAAUUAACAAUUUUUGUUUUAGAUUUAAUGCUUAUGUAAAUAUGAAAAAAUUAUCUUGGAAUUUUAAAUUACAGAAAGUGCAUCGCAGUUGUAGAUAAAAUUCCCUAUUUUUUUAUAUUUUUUCAAAUGAUGCACUUUUAUUUUAAAUUUAAUUUUAAAUUGAUUAUUUAUUCGACUUAUAUUUGUUUUGAUGAUCCUGCUUGGAUUUACAAUUACAAAAAAUUUUCUCAGCAUUUACAGUCAGUAAAUGAAAUUCAUUUUUUAAUUUACCAGCUGAAAGUAUAAGAUUUAAUUGAAAAAAAAUCAUGGAGGAAAUUUUUUUAAUUAAAACGGUAGAACAUAUUUUGAGUCACUGCAUUUUAAAAAUUCAAUUAGUUGAUUUCGUAAAUACUAGAACCAAAAAUAAUUCACCAAAUAAAUUAAUUAAAACUGAUAAAUAUAUACUUAGUAUUUUAGAAAUGCUAUUUUUUUUUAAUUAAAAAAAAACUAAUUUUACUUAGAUAUAUUUUUUUUUGUUGAAUUUGUAAUGAUUAGCUAGAGUAAUAGGGUAUAGAAUUAAAUCCAAAGAUAAAAUAUAUCAACAUAAUGAAAAUCAGAAUGUUUGAAUUUUGGAUGUGAUAUAAAAAUUGUUAUCAAUCUGAAUUGUAUCAGUACGGAUUAAAUAUAUAUUUAAAUUUUAUUGUCUGUUAAA